CUGAGAACAGCGGGGCGGGCGCAGGGUGAGGGCGGCCAUUGCUGGGGCUCAGCCUCGGGGAGGAGGACGUUGAGGAGGCGCGGAACCGCGCGGCGCUGCGGGAUAGGCGCCCGACCGACGCGGGGCUCAUGGCCAGAACCACCAGCCAGCUGUAUGACACCGUUCCUAUUCAGUCCAGUGUGGUGUUAUGUUCCUGCCCAUCCCCAUCAAUGGUGAGGACCCAGACUGAGUCCGGCACGGCCCCUGGCGUUCCCAGCGGUGGCAGCAGGCAGGGUCCCACCAUGGACAGCACCGCAGCUCAGUCCCGCCCAAGUGCCAACUCGCUGCAACACACCACACAGCCACCACCGCAGCCUCGGAAGAAACGGCCUGAAGACUUCAAAUUCGGGAAAAUUCUUGGCGAAGGCUCUUUUUCAACGGUUGUCCUGGCCCGAGAACUGGCAACCUCAAGGGAAUAUGCUAUUAAAAUUCUAGAGAAACGUCACAUUAUCAAAGAGAACAAGGUCCCGUAUGUAACCAGAGAGAGAGAUGUGAUGUCACGCCUGGAUCACCCUUUCUUUGUUAAACUUUACUUCACGUUUCAGGAUGAUGAAAAGCUGUAUUUUGGCCUUAGUUAUGCCAAAAAUGGAGAACUACUUAAAUACAUUCGCAAAAUUGGUUCAUUCGAUGAGACGUGCACCCGAUUUUACACAGCCGAGAUGGUGUCUGCUCUAGAGUAUUUGCACGGCAGGGGCAUCAUCCACAGGGACUUGAAACCAGAAAACAUUUUGUUAAAUGAAGAUAUGCACAUCCAGAUCACAGAUUUUGGAACAGCAAAAGUAUUAUCCCCAGAGAGUAAACAAGCCAGGGCCAACUCAUUUGUAGGAACAGCCCAGUAUGUAUCUCCAGAGCUGCUCACAGAGAAAUCCGCCUGUAAAAGUUCAGACCUUUGGGCUCUUGGAUGUAUAAUAUACCAGCUUGUGGCAGGACUGCCUCCGUUUCGAGCAGGAAACGAAUACCUUAUAUUUCAGAAGAUCAUUAAGUUGGAGUAUGACUUUCCUGAAAAAUUCUUCCCUAAGGCACGAGACCUGGUGGAAAAACUUUUGGUUUUAGAUGCCACAAAGCGGUUAGGCUGUGAAGAAAUGGAAGGGUAUGGCCCUCUGAAAGCUCAUCCAUUCUUCGAGUCCAUCACGUGGGAGAAUCUGCAUCAUCAGACGCCUCCGAAGCUCACAGCCUAUUUACCGGCCAUGUCGGAAGAUGAUGAAGACUGCUAUGGAAACUACGACAAUCUCCUGAGCCAGUUUGGCUGCAUGCAGGUGUCAUCGUCAUCCUCCCACUCCCUGUCUGCCUUGGACACGGGUCUGCCACAGAGAGCGGGCAGCAACAUCGAGCAGUAUAUCCAUGGCCUGGACACUAAUUCUUUUGAACUGGACUUACUGUUCUCUGAAGAUGAGAAGAAGUUAUUAUUGGAGAAGCAGGCCAGUGGAAACCCUUGGCACCAGUUUGUAGAAAAUAACUUAAUACUAAAAAUGGGUCCUGUAGAUAAGCGAAAGGGUUUAUUUGCACGACGACGACAGUUACUGCUCACAGAAGGGCCACACUUAUAUUAUGUGGAUCCUGUCAACAAAGUCCUGAAAGGUGAAAUUCCAUGGUCGCAAGAACUCCGACCAGAGGCCAAGAAUUUUAAAACCUUCUUUGUCCACACGCCAAACAGGACAUAUUACCUGAUGGACCCGAGUGGGAAUGCUCACAAAUGGUGCAAAAAGAUCCAGGAGGUGUGGAGGCACAGAUACCAGAGCCACCCAGACGCCGCUGUGCAGUGACCGGCCCGCAGCUGCUGCCCUCGCUGCCAGGACACGUGCCCCAGCGCGGCUCACCGCCAUCCGGGACGCUUCCAGACCACCUGCCAGCCAUCUCAACGGGGACGCAGACGGCGGAUCCUUGCAGCUUUUUUAUUUAAAAGAAAAGAAAAAUUACCCAACCACACAAAGAACAAAACCAAUAAUGAACAGGAAUUCAGGGUCGCUUUGCUUGCUCUCUGUGCUCUGUGGAGGCCUCCCUGAGCUGUCCUUGCCGCACGGUCCCAGCACCAUGAACUUCUACCUGAUUCCCACCCAGACCUGUGGACCAGUGUCACCAGCUCUCCACCGUGCGUCUUGGUCACUUGCUGGUCCUGCUGUGGCUGAGGGGGUGGGGCGUGUCUCUGGGCCUUUUGCCCCUAGAGUAUCACGGAACUCUUCACCAGGGAGUGGUGCAUGGCUCCGCUGGGGGUGGCCUCUGGUCUCCGCAGGGCAGGAUGGUUCUUGGCUUUUGUCCAUGUGCUCCUUUCCUCACGUCCCUAGUUCACGGCCCAUCCUCCAUGUUGUGGGCUCCUUGCUUUCCUCCUCAAGUGGCUCUGGCCACGGGAUUUCCGUGGUCUUCCUGUCUGCGAGUGCUCCACUUGUCGUGUCUGCCAGGCAGGCUCCCAGUGCUGAGAAGUAGGACAGGUUGCCGGGUGACAUACGUUGGAGGUACCAGCCAGGCUUUGAGCCAUCACCCUUCUGAGCAGUGCUGCCCUCCAGGGCUGGAAACCAGGCCUGUGCCUGGUCGGUAGUAGGUCCGGUUAGCCCCCAGCUGCCCUGAGAGGUGGCUCUGGUGGCCUCCACGUGGAGGAAUGAGACCCAGUGAACCCCUCCUGAGAGUCUGUUUGAAGAGUGAAGCGUGCAGGCCUCUCCCAGACUGCUUAAGUAGGGGCCGAGAGACCCCAGUUCUCACAAGUCGUAGGGUGCGCCGUCACAUCUGGGCAUCGGGAGCGGUGUCUCUCGGCUGGCACACUGACCCUUUUUGUGCUGUGAUCGAACAUUCUCACAGCCUCACUCAGUACAGUUUUACACCCCGACAGAAUCUAAAAGCCGCCUCAUGUUGCCAGGUCAUCUGGUCCCCAUCGAGUGGACUUUGCCUAGAAAAAAAUGUUGCCCGCCUUGCAUGAGGGGCAGGAACACCGCACUUGAACCCAGACUCCCGCCUGCCCCUCCAGCUUCAGGGUCCCUCCUCUCGCUGCUUAGAGGCAGCACCUGCCCUGCUGUACAUGACACGUGGGCCAGGUCCCACCAGUCCUUUGAUUUUCUUUGCUGCUGCUCCCCAGACAAUGAGAACUCCCGUUGGCCUGGCAGGGCUUGGCUGUCCCUCUCUCUGCCCAGGUUGUCCCUGCAGGGCAGCUUUCGGCUGCCCGCAGGCUGCUCCCAGACAUGUCUCUGUCCCCCGGGGAUGAACACUUUUGCCGUUUCCUUUAGACUUUCACCAAGGCACCAGCAAAAGGCUCACACAGGAAAGACUCCCCCUCAUCCCUUCCCUGCCCUCAUCUCCUGUUUCGAAGGCACCAUCCGUCACCCUGUGACCAGUGGGUCACACUGAGUAGUAAGAGUGGCUCUUAAACUGGGAGAAAGUGCAGCCGUGGGGAAUUGCCCUGAGCCUGGCAGGGCGGGGGGUUUGGAUGGGAGCAGAGGUGGUGGCCGCCACUCUGAGCUGAGAGCCCACAAUUGUCAGGGAGGCCCAGGUGUUGGGGCUUAGCUGCACUUGGAUCUUUCUCCUUCUUCCUUCCUCCUCACUUUUGAAAGGCUUGCCUGUGUUCACCUGCUUUUCAAAAAAUGAGUCUGACGUGGCCCUUUCUUUCAGGAAUUUCACUUCAGGCUUACUACCAUAUUUACAUGUUACCCUAGAACACCCGCCUGUGCGAGCAGGCGGGAGAGGGUGAGAAACCCGCUCCUGUGCCCGUGUCUCCGGUGUCUGGUUACAGGGAAACAGGCAGAGCUGGUACUCGGCUUUAAUGAGAGCCCUCAGCUGGGCUGCUCGGGGGACAAGACCUCCCUUGCAUUCUGCCCCCUGGAUAGCGCCACUACCUCCUGGGCUUAACCUACAAGCUCCAUCUUAAUCUCCAAAACCAGAGAAUAAGGGGUUCAGGGUCGAGCUCGCAGCUGACAAAGCUGGAAUGACUGCCCUCACCUGAGCCAGUGACAGCUGAGCCCUGCUCUGUUGGCCGACUUUCUCCACUCAGUCCUUUCACAUGUGUAUGUAUAUAUAUAAAUAUGCACAUACACAUACAUACGUAGUCUUUGCUUUCCCUAUACUUACUCCUGUCAGCUUUAGUUUUAUCCACCUCGUCCUUAGAGCCAUCAUCCCGGCAUGCAGGUGCCUUACGUUCUAAGAUGUGGAUGAGGUUGUCAGUCUAUGUCCAUACACAGACGUACUUGGACAUAUAAAUGUGGAAUUAUCCAAAGUGAGAAAGAAAAUGCCCUGUUGUUUAAUAGAUCCAGGAGUCGUGUGUCUUACUGAGAGAGGGCACGGACAAGUGUAAGUGCCUAGCCAAGCACCCGCCAAGCGGAGAUGGGCCCACACCGUGUGGCCCCUCUUGGCACGGAGGGGAGGGAGAGUAGCCAGGAGGGCUGUGGUCUCCACUGUGCCUUGUCUCUCUCUAGGAGCUCAAGGAAGCUGAGUUUGCAUGGAGUGGUUUCCUUCCCUCUUUCUGUGGACCCAACCAGGGUCAUGGGCAGGCAGCCCCCUGUAGAGCAUGAAGCCCCACCGAUGAGUGGCACUGCCGCCAUUCUGAGCCUGACUCUCCAGAGGCUUGUGACAGACUUGCUUUAGGAAAGAUGGCUCUUGUGAUCAUGCCAAAGCUGGCGGGAACUGCACCUACCCCAGCCCCCUUGGGACACUCUGUGGUAUUUGGGGCCCUGACCUGAAGGAAUUGCAGGAGAUGGCCUCAUGGCAUAGACACCCCCCCCCUCCCCCCGCCCAGGGCAGGAUGCCGGCACAGGGGGCUCUGGGUGACUGUACUUUUUAAAAACAUUGUUUUCUGAAAAAAAUCAACCUAGGAUCACCACCCAGAAAAGACCACUGUGAACAUUUUGGUGUCCAGCCUGCCCUCCCCCCACCCAUUUGCUUUUUUAACUAAACUGGGAACAUACAACAUACAGUGUUUUGCAUUUAGAUUUUUUUCACUUGAUAUUUUACCUUAAAGCAUAUCCCCAUGUCUUGAGUAAUUAUUGAGAAACCUUGUUUUUAAUGAUUGUAGAAUUCAGUGGUUAUAAAUUUUGUCAUGAUAUAUCCGACCACUUCUCUGUUGUAAAACAUUUAGAUGGUUUCUGGUUUUUUCACUAUUUAAAUAAUGCUGUGAUGAAUAUCUUUCUAAAUCUUUGAUUUUUGACUGAUUCUCCUUGCCCCCCUUCCCAGAAGUGGUGUUUUUAAGUCAAGAGUUUGUUCAUUUAAAAGGUGGUAUUAAUCUUUUCCUCUGUCUUGAUCAAUUGCUUACAAGCUCAGCGUUCUAGUACAGGACCUCCUAGUUGUUUCCUUCGGAUUCCGAAGAAAUGAAUUCUUGGUAAACUGUCUGUUCCAAAGAAUGUUUGAAUAAGACUGCCUUUUUCUUUUUCUUUUUUUUUUUUCUUUUUGCUAAAAUGAUGUCACUACUGCAGUCCAUUUGUAACAGAUUUUUCCAAAAGCCAAUUUCCUUAUUUUCCUUGAAAGAAACUGGUGUGCUUGCAUGUUAGUUACCUUCCCAUCGCUGCUGCUACUAUGGCUUUCAAGUGAUAUCUUUCAGCAUCUUGUACUUUGUGUCCACAAUGGUACUGAAUUUGCACAGUCAGCAGAGAUAGAAAGUGUUGAACUGACCUUGCCACAUGCUUAGUGGAUGAUUUGUAAUUAAGUUUAUAGACUCAAAGUACACUGGGCCCUUUGGAAUCAGUAAAAGAGCAAAGGCUCUACUUGUAAAAGAAACCACACAGCUGGGUUUUAGAGAAGUGUUUGCUGCCCCCCUUACCCUUUCAAAUCCUGAGACUUAGUAGAGCACAUGGCCAGGCUUUUUCAUGGUAAAAGUGAUUGUCCUGGCUGAUAAGGAUUUAAGCACUUGUCCUCUCUCCUUACCCACAGUGUUGCAAGUUUGCCUUGUUGUCUUCACAUCCAGACCACCCAAAUUUGGUUUCAUUCUUAAUUUUUUCACUUUAGUGUGGGGCCCAUUUAUUCUGAGGGGAAAGAUGAACAGAGAUUUUUCUAGGUGCUGCGUUAUGUGCCACUUGACUCUGCUAGAGAUGACAGCUGAAAUAUGCAGAAUUAGGUCUCUAGCCCUCCUCUGACACCCCAAGCGCCCACUUCCUUGGCCAGUCCACAGACUGAGGGUGUUCCGUGCCCAGACUGCAGAGGCUGCAGCCACUGGGAGAGUUUGGCAAUGGUACUAUUCUUGGAGAUGUUGCCAUGUACGUUUUUCCAUAUUGUUUCUUUUUCACAUCCAAACCUAAUGGGAACUGAUGGUGACUCAAGUGGGUGUGGCCCUGGCCUCUGAGGCAGCCUACAUGGCAAGUGCUUUCAAAUCAGGGCAGGAGUCACUCCCAGAGCCUCUGAGGGGCACAGGCUGUUGGCCCAAGGUUGCGGGGCUGUAAAUCAGGCAACUUGUGGAGGACUGGUCUAGGGAGGAGACUGUUCCAGCAAAGAGCAGUUUUAUCUCCAGCUCAGACAGCCGUGGUGGGCCCCUGAACAAGCCUAUGUGAAUACCUGAAUUUUCCCCAUAACUCAUUUCUUCGAUAUGAAGAAACACCAAACUUUAUGUACAGAGAACUUUUUACGAAAGGCAAACUUUUUUAAACUGUGUGAUCCACCCUAGUCUAACCCAUCUGGCUGAAUUACCCUGCAUUGGGGUCAUGAUCAUAAGUUUGACAGGACGUUGGGAAAAUUAAAUUUCACAGUAUUUAGAGCUGCUGUAUCUGUUUCUUAAUACAAAAUGGGAUGAAUCAAUAGUAAGUUAGCUGUCUUUCAGGUUGGUGGCAGUCAGAACAUGUGUAAUAUUCUCUACCUGGUCUGUAGCUGUAACUGUGAUGUACAGGCAAAGCAAAAAUUAAAAAAAAAAAAACUUAUGAAAACAAAUAAUGCAAUGAUAUUAGGAUAUACAGUUUUGUAUUUUUAUUCUUAUAUAAGGUUAUUUGCUGGCUAUUGUUGGCCUCUAGUUCAGUCUGUGUUAUUUAAAAUCUAAUAUAUGAAUUAUUUGGAUUGAAUUCAUGUUCGGGGCCACGUUGUUGUAUGUAUUGAUGUACAGCCUUGAAUGUGAAUAAUUAUUGUAAACUAUAUUUUACAACUUUUUUUCUGGCUUUAUUAUAUAAAUUUUCUAUUUGGUCAAUGAUUUAAUCAUAUCAUAAUUUAAUGAACCUGUUUCUUUUUCAAAUAUUUGUGCUUUAGAUGUAGUUGCCGGAUGAUGAAUUUUACACGUAUGCUCGGGUAGUCUUGUAAUAAAAAAGCAUGUAGAGUGUA